AUGAAAGUAUGUGUUCCAGUGCUUUCUGCCAUCGUCGGAAAUAGCAUAACUACAAAAAGGAUCAUGAGACUCGUGUUAGAGGUAAAUAUUCCAACUUUUUUUUCCUAUAACAGUACCUAUUGAUAGUGAAAAUCAAUUAUUUUCUAAUAGAACGACUCUCGUGUUUGCCCCGAGCUUGUAAUAGGGUUAUUUGGACGUGAAACAUGAAGUUCUAUUUUGAAAACCUUUAACCGGCACACCCUUGGCCUUGAGCGCCUUUCGAUUGCUAAAAGAAUCUGUUUAUUUACAUUUGGCUGCAAGAAGAUGCCCUAACCUUUUUGCGACUUUAAGGUCUUGCAUAUUCUUUAUUACGUAGACUUGUUAAUCGGGUGUGUUGAAAAAAGCUUUUUAAUUGUAAUUGAUCUCCGAUAUCAUGUGCAACGUUUCAUAGCAGAUAGACAAAGUAAUGUCUCGCUUCAUUAUUAUAUUCCCUGCAUACAAUUUUCAGUCUUUUUUUGUCUUCAUUAUCAGUUUUGCCUGGAUAUAUGAUCGUAUUUAUAUGCAAGUAAAAGCCACCGAAUAACAACAACGCGCCGAGUGAUAAAUUAGUGUCAGCUUCAUGCCUGCUAGCCGUGAUCAUACAGCGUACCGAAAAGAGCAAAAAUAUUUUUUUAAAAAGGAGAGAAGAGAGUGAUUUUAUUUCUCAAGCUCCAACUGUCAAGGCUUAAUGUUAAUACAAUGUGCUAAUCUUUAAGUGCAACGAUUUUAAAUAAAAGCGCACAACGCUAAAGUACGUGAUUGUAUUCACAAGCAUGGAUAAUGAAUCAAGAUUAUUCAUUACAAAAUCAGGAACGGAGACGAGGACUUAAGAAAAUGGAACGUAAUAUGAGAAACUGGUUUGGUGGAUUUUUAUGUACCGUAUUUAUUCGAUUAACCGCCCUGAGCGCUUAUUAAAUUUUUAGACCUUGAGAAUGGGCGCUUAUUCGAGGCUGGGAGCGUGUUAAAUUUUCACUAUUCUCAGCAAGUGUAGUAUGUUUAUUUUGCAACAAAACAAUAAAUGGUAAUAACAACAAGCAAAGAUGAAACAAAGCAAGGUUUCUGUAAAAUACUCUGAAGAAAACUCCGUCUUCAGGAGGGUCCCUUAUUAUCUCUUAUUGAAGUUUGUGUAAGAGGGAGUGCGGUGGGGGUGGGCGCUUAUUCGAGGCUGGGAGCUUAUCAACUUUUUCUGCCUUUAGGAUGGGCGCUUAUUCGAGGUGGGCACUAAUUCGAGGUUGGGCACUUAUUCGAAUAAAUACGUUAUUUAGAUUUUAGAUUUUAACCAAUAGAAUGCUAUAAACUGUAAGUCCGUACUACAUAGUCCAUCAUCUUAUGCCAACAUAGUUAAAAUUAAAGUGGAGGAAAAUUAUGAAGUAUCAGGAAGUUAGUAUCAGGAAACUAUGUAUCAGGAAAUUAUGUUUUUCCCCAGAAAACCUUGUUAGAACUAUGAAGAACACAUUUCACACAGAGUACGUUUUUAUAUAAAAAUGUGAGCGAUACUGCAAUGAAACAACGAUACAUCUGUGUUACGUGAUUUCUGGUGUGCAAAAACAAUCUCCGUUCUUCAAAGUUAGCAAAGGCCUUGUGUUGUCUUUUAGUGUUGAUAUUGCCUGCAAUGCGCUAAAAUGAAAUGAAAUGUUCCGAUAAUUCUAAAUAAUAACACUAACAAGAUGGUUCAGGGCUUUUAGGUCUUACAAUAAAAGGCUUACUGAAAAGUCAUAAAAGCGCAACUUAAAAAUUGGCACAAACAAUCACGGAUUAAGCUCCUGUCCACGCAUAAGAACGGUGAUUUCUGCGCGAUUUUCUGUAACGGAGCGAAGCUGCGAUGCGCCGAUCUCUAAAGUGGAGAGUAACGUAUUGGAUAGGUGUUUGCUUUUCUUGUUUGCAUGAAAAGCUAUCCAGUAUGAACUAAUGUCAACAAAGCCUAAAUUUAUUGCCAUUUCCAUAUGAAUAAGUGACAUUGCCGAUUACAAUAUUAGGUAAAACGUCAAAGUAAAAUUAAAGAGGGGAAAAUAACAAAUGACCAAAACCUGUAACCACAGAAAAUUUCUAGUCAUAUGGCGGUGCAGCUACUUAAAAUGUUGCACCUUCCCGUUUUUUUCAGAGGUCAGAAAAGUAAAGUAACCAAGUUUCUUUCAAACAAAUUAAAACGAUCGGAGACAGCAUGCAUACAGUUUUAAAUCUAUGUUUUGCAAAGUCUUUGAGACAAAAAAUAUGGUGGAAAAAAAAUAUAGCUGCACAUGAAUUCAGCGAUAAAAUCCUCUUUACGCCUUCGAUUCGAUAUUCCUCGAGCAGUGGUUUCUAGCGUCCGGCCUGGAGAAACCACUGCUCGCAGGGUAUCGAUUCGAUAGCCUCCCACGCAGACGUUCUUAAGGGUUUGUCACGCGUUCCUGCCCCUGUUCAUGAACCCCUUAGAACGUCCGCGUAGGAGGCUAAUCGCACCUCAAGAUUAUUUCACACAUCCUGCUUUAAGCCAUGUCCGAGUUACGAAAAUUCUCACUUUGUAAACUACGCUAAGGGCAAAACUUUUGUUGUGAAAGUGAGUUUUAUUUGCAUGAGAAUAAACAAUUGUUUAAUACAUCAAUAGUCUUGCACUUAGCCUCGCUUUGAAAUAGAGACCAAUCUCAACCACCAUCUUUCUAUGCCACCCAUUGAAGAACUGGGUACUAUAAGAACAUGUCGCGGAAGACAAUAGCUUUCUGGACGAUGUAUAUUCUAGUAGAAGAGUAUCAUAUCUUCUUCCAAAAGAAGAACAAACAACCCCAAAAAGACGUGUUGAUCACCGGCUGUGUGCGGCUUACAUUUGCUGAUAGUUAGGUAAACCAAACUGUUCUUUUUUUCGAUUAAACUGACAUGACCGCAGCGCUAAUGGAUUACCUCUUAAAUCACGUAUUAUGAAGAGUCGGUGUAUGUUUUAGCCUGCGUAGCAGGCGCUAGGAAAAAAAUGGGCCCAAGAAAGAACGGGCGCGCGCGAGGGAGACACGUAAGGGGACACGCGUGUCUCCUCUCGCGCGCGUUUUUUCUUGCGCCCAUUUAUUUCGUAACGCCUGCUACGCGGGCUAUGUAUGUUUCAUGUCGACAAGCAUCCGGGAUAGUGUGAACAGCAACGGCACAAACCUGGAACAAGUCGUUCACACACAUCGAACUUCAUGCCGGGGCAGUCGGCCGAGAGGCUGGUGAACAAAAUCCCAGUCCUCAAUCCUGAAUAUUUACUUCCGUCUCAGGGGAUUCCAGUCGUUAUUCCCACUUCUUCACUUCCGCUACGGUCAGAAUACCUGUUCACAGUACACCAAAGUAUUGCACAGAACCUAUCCGAUAUGUGACGCUCCACUUUCAAGAUCGGCGAAGCGCAGCUUCGCUCAGUUACAGAAAUCGCGCCGAAAUCACUGUUCAAUACAAUACAAUACAAUAUUCUUUAUUUAACGAAGGUGACGUAAUAACCCAAUAGUUAUCUAACUUACGGCCUUCACAACAAUACACAAUACACAUAUAAAAUCAGUAAUAUACAAAAAGAGAAGAAAAUAGAACUAGACAAGAGUAUGGUUUAACAUAGAUAUAAGACGAUAUAAACUAAUUACUUUCUAACACAGUCACAAUAAAGAGAAAAACGACAAUCAUAACGUCGUUAAGCAAACUUAAGGAAUAAGGUUAAGAGUUUAUGCUUAAAAUUAUUUAAUCUAGAUGAAAAAAUAAUAGAAGAAAGAGAUACACACGCUAUUUGCUUAAGAUCAGUGUCAAGGCAAUUAAAAAGAGUGGCAGCAGAGUAAGCAAAUGUGCGCUUUCCAGAAUUAGACCGAGGGUAUGGAACUUGAAGAUUAAAAGUACAAGCUCUGGUGUGCAGAGCAGUUGAACGAACAGAAGACAAGAAAUUGAAUUUACGUUUAAGACAAAGAGGAGCAUCAGGAUUAUUAAGAGUAGUGAAUAAAAGUACAAGUUUUCUUAGUUUUAUAAGGUCGAAAAUAGGCAGCCAUUUGAGUUUGGAAAAUAAGCUUACAGAUGGUUGAGAGAAGUCGGCAUCAAGGACUGGGAGCAAUCUAGCUGCACGUUUUUGAAGGAGAAGAAGGCGAAGAAGAUCUAUGUGAAAUGGUUUUCGCGCCGGCGUAAAUGAUGCUAUCCGCUCUAGUGUGAAUAUUAAGCCUUAAAUUCCUUUUAUUCUUUUAUUUUAUUUGUAUUUUAGGUUGGAUUUCUUCUCGUUCUGGGCAUGUCCCAGGCGUGGGGUUAUUCCUCAGGCCCACCACUUAGUAAAUGCGAGACAGUACUUCCUGUCCACCGUGGGAACAAACCGCAGUCAGGGGCAUCUCCUUACAGCAUUGUUGUGUCCAACAGUUCUUACACCACAGGAGAGAGCCUUACAGUAACUAUACAAGGAUCAGGAUCUAAGAAAUUUAAAGGAUUCAUUUUACAAGCCCGUGGCAGUGAUAGCUCCGUCGCGUGGCCCGUAGGAGAGUUCACUGAAAUUCCCGCUGACGGUGCGUGAUGUUGAGUAGAUGUAAAUACAGCUACUUCGAGAAAGGUUGUCGGGAAAAGUGCACGCGACAAUCCUGAAAGGCAUUGUGGGUGGUUUUGAGUUCUCUUUUUUUCAAAGAAAUUUGAAAGAAUUGGCAGGCACGAAAGGCCAUGGAAAUGUGUUUGCGAGUGCUAAAGGAAAGCAACAAAAGUAGGUUCGACAGCUACAGUCGUCAGGAACAGUGUAUUGAUCGUAUCCCAUAUUACCUUUCGGGAUUGUCGCGUUCACAUUUUUAGCUCAUGGAUGACGUAGUCAUGCCAUGGGCUUUUGGAGGCACUCGAAUGGCACUCGAUCACUCACUCACUCACUCACUCACUCACUCACUCACUCGAUUCUCAUUAAUUUAUUCAUUAAAGUCAGAUUAAACACGUUACUCCUACCUCCCUUACUUAGUAUUACCUUUUUUCCAAGUGCCUUUUACGUAUAUGUUUGGAAUAUUCUAGAGGGUACUAGUAAGGCGAAUUUUUUCCCGACACAUCAAUUAUAGAGAUUGGUUUUGUAUAAAUAACAAUAUUUUAAAGAACACUGAUAAUAUCAUCCGCAAGAAAUGGACUUAGAAUUGUUAAAAGGCCAUUGAAAUAAUUGAGCGUGGAUCAUUGUUGUAUAUUUGGACGAAUUGUGCACAUUUGUUCCCGAUAUUGUACUUGAUAUGGAGAAGAUGCGAUCAACAGGAGCGUGAAAGAGCUAUUGCAGCCUGACGAUGGGAUUUCGUUCAGCGAAAAGCGAAUAAGCGAAAGAGCCUUAUAAUCACUGCAAAAAAACUGUCCUCGAAUUGUUAAAGCGACAUUGAGGAGUAUCUAUUGAGGUUUAUUCAGUUAUUUGGACGAAUCCGUUCGACCAUUUGUCUUCGUAUGCAAACAGGGAAUGAAUUAAUGUUGUGUCAACUAGAAGCACAGGUUUUAGAACCAACAAGCGUUACGCUAUUUUGCUUGAAUUCUUAGGUGAUCUUUGCCUUAAAGUAGGCUUUUGUUUGUCGGUGAUUCCAUUUAGCAGUGCUAUUAAUGUAAUUUCUACAACAAAUGCUGCGCUGGUAUAAACAAGUCUCUGGCGAAAGGCAAUCGGAUACUUUGACUGCGUUUAAAUUACUUGGCUAGGUCAGAGCACGUAUUGCUUUGAGCUUAAUCCGUUUUACAGGUAUUAAAAUAAUUUUUAGCUCGUGUUUAUCAAAAGCGCGUUCUAAAGCAGUUCAAUUUAGCCAUAAACGCCUGUAUUCUGUAUUUAAUAUAGCUCGUACUUAAUAUACUAACCGUUACGUACUCAUCAUAUGGAAACAUUUAUUUGAAAGCAUUGCACUUUAAAUAACCACGGUUUAAAUAAAACUCAUGUAUGUAAAACUUGGCAAGAAAGUGCACUGUCGUUCAGAAAGUGUUUGACAGUCACAUGAGAAAGCAAACUAUUUUACAACUAAAAAGCGUUAAUAAUUGCUUUUAAAAGUGAUCUUUGCUUUGUAAGUAGAAAUGCUGCGCUGAUAAAAAGUUUCUAGAAUAUUCAGGUACACAUGCAAUCGGAUACUUCGAGUGACGCUGUAGUCCGUACACAAUGAACCGUUCAAAAAGAUUUAUAUGUUUUUCUUUGAUUAUUGAACUGUCUUUUCUACACUAAUUCAAUUCAUCCAUGAGCUCGCUCCUAGGAGCCUUUGAUUUUCCGACAACCUCUCUCGAAAUAGCUGUAUACUGCACCUCACAUACAAUGUCCUAAUUAAGGCCUUGCCUUUUUACUGCAGUGCUGCAGAAAAAAUCGCCUGAGUUCUCUUCACACUUCAAAUUUUACGCCCCUAUAUGGUACUGAAACACGGUCCCUUACUGUAAACUCGCCUUGGAGUUGUUGAAUCACUCGGCCGGACCGCUUUUUCGUCACUAAGGGCCUGUUUACAUGAAGGUGGGGGACCCCAGAUAGGUGAGGUAACAUGGGCGGGUCACCUCACCUAUCAUGUAAACAUGAUCAAAUUAAAAUGAGAGAUUAUAUGAACAGGAGGGUUACCCCACCGAAGCGGGUUACCUCACCUUCCUGGGGUGCCCCACCUCCAUGUAAACAGGCCCUAAUUUGUACCUCCUAAGAUCACAGCUUUGGCUAAAGCCGUUAGCUGCAAGGAUCACGUUUAUUAUUUAGGUGUAUUUUUUCACGUGCAAUUCACACAUUCACAUCCAUUCCUAGCUUUGAGCUAGUGUGCUAGAAACCAUACGAGAGCUUUUCCGUAGGCUACUCUAACAAAAACCUCCGUUUUCUCACGCCAUCCACACUAUUUAGAAUGCCUGAAUGGACUUAGCUUUAUUCUUUCAUUUUUCAGGAGCUCAAGUGUUAUUUUGUGCAGGAGGAGACUUAAAGGUGAUUUCACUAAUCUUCAUUUAAUUAUCCAUUGAAUGAGGAAAUUAGCCGCAUUCGCGCAGGGUCUUCAAGACGUAAGAAACGUUAAUUCUCUUUUCUUUCAAUGCGCACCGCCCAACAGAAAGGACAUGAAAAUCUUGUAGUGUGAAAAACGUUUCACAAAUAGUACUGACUAUAGUAACUAAGGUUUCAGUCACUUGAAUUCAGUCAUGUUUUCAGUGUUAUCCGGAUUCUUGUGCAUGGGGCGUUAAACCAAUCUGGAGAGUGGUUUAAAAAGAUACGGUUUUGGUGCCGAGCAGAUUUACUGGUGUCGUGUGGACGGAAGGUAGAUUCGUAUAAAAAUAAAUAUGUGGUUUAAAAAUAUCCGGAUUCUUUUGGACGGGGUCUAACUGUUUUUAACGUCGAAUUCUUGCUUUGCCACACACCUGACAAGACGGCCAUGUUGAAGGUCAAAACAAAAGAGUUUUUCCUCGAAGAAUUACAUGAAAAUGGAGUUUAGUUCCCAGGAGAGAGAAAUGCUUUUGCUCUUGACCACCAACAUGGCCGCCGUGACGUCACGUACAAACCAACAAUAGGCAUGCGCAAUAAACAGAUGGUCCUGGUGGGGUUCAAGUGUGCGCAGAAAAAACGCCCGUGCAACAUGAAAGCCUCUGAAAGGGUAGAAUCUGUGUGAGCGUAUCGUUGCACAAUUUGCUUCUAAGGUCUUUGAGUAUGACUAUAUAUUUUAAAGCUGUAGAUUUUGUUUUCUCUUUCAGAGUACUGCUGCUCAUAAGAAUCCUAACAAAACAGAAUGGUCUUCGCUUCAGUUCACUUGGACGGCCCCUGCCCAAAGUGCCGGGAACAUUACUUUCAUGUAAGAACGGAUUUAAAGUGCAGUUAGGGAGCUUUAGCAACGACGACGGCGACAACAAUUAGGAACUCCAAAAGAGCAAUGGGUUUGUUAAGCAAAAAGACAACUUCGCACGUGCAGUACGCUUUUUUGUACCUUUGCGCGACUAUGACGUGAAAAUGCCUGAUUUCACGCUUUAUGGAGGACGUAAACAAGUGACGAAGAAUUUUUCUUUCUCCUUCCAAAUUUGAUUGCGGUCCCCAAGAAAUCAACUCUAGGGAAACUUGCCUACAUUUGACAUUUUCAGCGGAUUGGAAUAAACGCGACAAUGUUUGAAAAAACGCGAAUGCCUUUUCAAAGUGACGUUUACGCUGCCGUCGCCAUCGUAGCUCCCUAUUAGGGACCUUAAGAUCCGACGACGGGGACGGCAACGAGGAGGUCAAAAAGAGCAAUAGGUUUAAUAUCCAAAACAACAAUUUUUCACGCUUUUUUCUACAUUAAUUUCUUUGCCAUCACUGCACGACUACGACGUGAAAAUGCCUAAUUUCACGUUUCACAAAGGAAGUACACAAGCGAAGACGAAAUUUCUUCUCUUGGCUGAUUUUGGACAUGGUUCUUAGGGAUUCAACUUUAGGAGGGUUCACUUACAUUUGGAAAAGUUAGUGACUUGGAGUAAUCGCUAUAAAGGUUGAAAGAACGCGAAUUCACUUUUUCAGCGACGUUUUCGCUGCCGUCGCCGUCCUCAGAUCUUAUGGUCCCUAUUGUGUUUGGUCAAACAGAAUCGUAUAAUGGAGAGAAUUUGCCCCCCAAAUUCUGCAUAAACCAUUGUUUUUAAAUGCUCCUGGGGGUAUUGCAUUUUCCCAAGAGCAUUUUAAGACAAUAAGUUAUGCAAAAUUUGGGGGGCAAACAGAGUGUAUUAUGGGCAAUUGGAAAAUAGUCAAUAGCGAAUUUAAGUAACGACGACUGCGACGGCAACGUGAACGGAAAAAAGUAAUAGCAUUAUAUAUAAUAGCAAAACAACAACUUUGCACGUGCAUCACGCUGUUUUGAUUUGUACACUUCUUAGCCUUCGCUGCACGACUGCGACAUAAAACUUCCUAAUUAUACGCGCCUGCUUUAUGGAGUAGGUGAGCCCAACACAAAAUUUUCUUUUUCUUAACAUAGAUACGGUCCUUUCGGAUUCAACCCCAGAAAAUUUCGCCAGCAUUUGACAAGUUAAAUGAAAUUGAAUGAGAUCGUUGAAGUUUGAAACAGUGCGAAUUCACUUUUUAAGUGACGUUUUCGGUUUGUGGUCUUCCGGAAAUUUUGCUACCAUGGCAACGUGACGUAACGACUUGUCCUCUCUAUGUGUGAAAAGGAAAGGGGAAAGUGUUUUACGGGAGUCAAAUCUUUCUUCUCUUGAUACAUUCAGCGCGCGUAUCAUUCUAGAAUGGAAUUUUUUUCAGUCCGAUACCUUUUUCGGGUUCGGCUGUAAUGCCACAGCCGUAGGCGACGCAGGCAUCUGGCAUGAUUCCAGCUCUGAAUCCAGAGAGGUUCGUGUUGGUCGCGUUUCGAUGACAUCAAGACAAAGCUCGGACCCAUUCUUCGCAGUGCUCGGUAAUGGCCGAAAGAACCACCAAAAUCUUAGCCUGAAUUUCAUCUGAUUACUUCGAGUCGUUAUUACUUCCUCAGUUGUUGAGAGGAGAAAACGACUCGAAGCAAUCGGAUGAAUUUCAGGCUACCAAAAUUUGAAACUUUAAGAAAUUAUAACAAAUAAAGUAACGCCCACUACAGCAAACAAAGACGCAUUUGUGGCGCUGUUUGCUUAUGAUUGCAGCGCGGUUUUUCAAACCUGCUUUGAAGCACUUUAAUGGCAGUAUUGCUCAUCUUAGUCAUUUCGUUUUAAUUACAGCGCGACAGUCGUUGAAAAUUUCACCACUUUCUGGGGAAAAAUUGAAUCAUCUGUGGUUAAAGGGCCUCCAGCUGAAAAUGUAACACGAGGGGAAGUAUCGCAAAGCUUUCAGGUAAGUCUAAAUGUACAAGAAGAGCGUGCAGCGCUAGAUUAAUAAAACCUUGUUCCGAUGAUCCAUCAUUAAAGAAUUUCAUUUUGAUUUAUAUUUAAUUUAUUUGUUAACUGUAGGAACGUUAACACGCCUGUGUUAAGCAGGCGCCGGGUUUUUUUGGUUAAAGGUGAAAUAUCGAUGACGUGUGUGUGCAAGAUUGGAGAAAAAGCUAGCCUCCCUUCACAUGUUCCUCUCGCGCUCUAUAAACAACUUACCAAACAAAACCAGCGCCUGCCACGGAGGCUAGGGCUUCCGUUUCCUGUAACCCCUCAUUGUGUCGAACUGCAGUAUGAGGUGGUUUUGGGAGUGCUGUCGCUCAUUUUACCGGCUAUUGGCUUAGAAACUGGGUCAAAAUGUGCCUCCCAAAACGGUCCCACAGUACAGUUCGAGAUACCACCCACCUUGUCUCAAGUGUAAGGUCAAAAUGGCAAGUAACGCGGAAAACAGGCCGCGCAGGGCAUCGCGGGAAGGCGUUACAUCAUUUACUGGGGCAUGAAGUACACCCUUCUCACGUCAAAACACCCGCAAAGAUGGAGGAAUACUAAUUUUUCAUUGUCACUUAAUUAUUGGUAGAUUGACAAAACCGGAUGUGGUAAGACCAAGGGAUGCUUCUCUCUUCCAUCAGACUGCACCGGAAGUGCCGAUUGUAACUAUUUAUUUACAUAUCAAGUUUCUGGAGGAAAGGUUGUUAUGGAGAUGAGUGCUAAACAACGCUAUGUUUCAGUUGCAUUUAAUGAGCAGCCAGUGAUGGUAGGUAUGAUGGCAUUUCCGUAACCAGUUAACGUCUAGAAUUGAUAUGACUAAUUUUGACUGACUGGGUGAUGGAACGACUAUCUGUUAGACUAACUGACUGACUUACUGUAUGACUGACUGAAUGAGUAGCUGGCUCAUUGACUGACUGCUUAUGACUGUUUGACUGGCUGACUGACUGAUUGACUGACGGUCUGACUGGCUGACUGAUUGAGUGGCUAAUUGAUUACUGGGACUGGUUGACUGACUGACUGACUGACUGACUGAAUGCCCGACUGACUGGCUGAUUAGUUGACCGACUGACAGACUGACUAUGCUCAUCUAAAAUUCUAUUCCUGUUUCUCGUAUAUUUAUUAACUUCCCAAAACAAAUGUAUGGGUUAGUCUCAAUUAUAAAAUCUAAUGUUUGAAUUAAUAUGAAAAGUUCCCUUCUAGUUUAAUGAACGUUUGUUCUCGUUCUAGUAUUCUUCAGUAUUUUUCUGCUUGGAGAAUAUUUGUUACUUUCCUGUGUCAGAGGGUUUUGGUGUAAAAUACAGAUUAGUUAAAAAAAUAAAUCUAAAUAUUGUUUUUUACUUGAUUAAGGACAAAAUGGAUGCCAUUAUGUGCGCUACAAUGGGGAACAACCUAGUGGAAUUACGUCACUAUUAUUCACGUGACCACAACUUGGACAGGCAAAACCUGGUGAGGAAAAAGAUUAUCUAUAACUCGCCCCAUCAGUGUUGACGCUUCGUCCCUGGCAGGGUUAAGGCUGCUUAGCAGGCACAUGAAAAUAAUAGUAGGGAGCUAAAAGAACGAGGCGCGCGUGUCUUCCUCGCGCGUCUGGUUCUUCUUGUGUCCAUAUUAUUGCUUUGAGUAUAACUUCUCUUUCUUAUUCAAACUCAUUGCAUCCCCUUCUCAGUCACUAGCAGUUUGUCCUUUGAAGUCUGUUGCAACAAUCCUACAACUUACUACUAGGGACCUUAAGAUCCGAGGACGGCGACGGCUGAGAAAACGUCGCUGAUAAAGUGAAUUCAUGUUCUUUCAAUCUUCAUCGCGAUUACUCCAAGUCACUGACUUUUUCAAAUGUAGGCGAACCAUCCUUAAGUUGAAUUCCUAAGAACCACAUCCAAGUGCAGAAAAAGAGAGGACAUUUUGUCGUCGCUGGUGUACUUCCUCUGUACAACGUAAAAUUAGGCAUUUUCACUUCGUAGUCGUGCAGUGACGGCAAGGAAAUCUACAAAAAAGCGUGAUGCACGUGCAAAAUUGUUGUUUUGCUAAUUAAACUUGUUGCUUUUGUGGCGUUCCCGUUGCCGUCGCCGUCGUCGGAUCUUAAUGUCCCUACUUAAAGAAAAGUGGGGAAUUGUGACGCAGUGAAGUGGAUUUUUUUAUGGUAAUGAUCUUAAGGUUGAGCUAACCUUAAGACAAAUUGUUUCAGGUUGGAAACAGCGACAUUACUUUAAAUACGAUUGUUAACGAGGAUGGUGGAAUAAAGUGCAGGUAAGUUGCAUCUCUUACAUUUCAGUGUAAAUUGUUUAAUUAAGAUAUUUUGUUAGUUUUAACAACCAGUUGAGGGAUCAACUUCACUAACUAUGGUUUCAAUGGGUUGUUAACGGUAGUUUGUUUUCAGUUGCUAGUGCUUUUACGUUAUGAAUGCUAUGUGAGGUACGGUAUGGCUUGCAAGGUUAUUUAAGAGGUAUCUGACAUUGUAGGGCCGUUGUGCUGCUGCUGCUGAUUGAAGGUACACGGCUGAUGUGUUGAGUAUGACAGUUGGAUAGAUUUGUAGUUGUUUUAGAUUCUUACUGGUUAACACUGCCAUGCGGUUUUUUUAAACUAGUUUGUUUAGUACAGAAAAUGCGUGAGCGCUAAAGGUCUCGGCUGUUGAAGUAUCGGUAACAGUGAGGCAUUUAAUUAAUUUUCUCCAUACCAGGGUCACUCGAAAACUCACGUCAAAUGCAGCUUACUUUAAAGAUCUAACCAAGAUGUGGUACGUCCUUUUUGCCUAUGGAACCACAAGUAAGUGUUGCUAACAUGCAGAUGUCGUGUUGGCUUUGUAGGAAAAAUGUUCCAUCUAAAGUAGAGCUGUCCAGUUCUAUUGCCGAUUUUUGUGGCUAGCGUGCGUAAUUUAUGCAUAAAUUAGUCAAUAAUUUUGCACACCACCACCAUGAAAUAGCGGGGCAAGGCGUUAUAAGUGCCUCAAAUACGUGUAUACGUCAAACCCUGUUAAUACUGAGGCGGAAAUAGAAAGUGUCCGUAUUAAGCAGGUUAAAUUAAGAGAAAAUGUAAGGGCUUUCUUUCCCCAGGGAUAAAGCAAACUGUCCGUAAUAACGAGGUGUCCAUAUUAAGCAGGUUGAAUUUAGAGAAAAUGUAAGGGCUUUCUUUCCCCACGGAUAAAGCAAACUGUCCGUAAUAAUGAGGUGUCCGUAUUAAGCAGGUUGAAUUUGAAGAAAAUGUAAGGGUUUUCUUUCCCCAGGGAUAAAGCAAACUGUCCGUAAUAACGAGGUGUCCGUAUUUAGCGGGUUGAAUUUAGAGAAAAAGUAAGGGCUUUCUUUCCCCAGGGAUAAAGCAAACUGUCCGUAAUAACGAGGUGUCCGUAUUAAGCGGGUUGAAUUUAGAGAAAAUGUAAGGGCUUUCUUUCCCCAGGGAUAAAGCAAACUGUCCGUAAUAAUGAGGUGUCCGUAUUAAGCAGGUUGAAUUUGAAGAAAAUGUAAGGGUUUUCUUUCCCCAGGGAUAAAGCAAACUGUCCGUAAUAACGAGGUGUCCGUAUUUAGCGGGUUGAAUUUAGAGAAAAAGUAAUGGCUUUCUUUCCCCAGGGAUAAAGCAAACUGUCCGUAAUAACGAGGUGUCCGUAUUAAGCGGGUUGAAUUUAGAGAAAAUGUAAGGGCUUUCUUUCCCCAGGGAUAAAGCAAACUGUCCGUAGUAAUGAGGUGUCCAUAUUAAGCAGGUUGAAUUUAGAGAAAAUGUAAGGGCUUUCUUUCCCCAGGGAUAAAGCAAACUGUCCGUAAUAAUGAAAUGUCCGUGUUUAGUAAGCGGAUGUCCGUAACGCGGGGUUUGACUGUGUAAGUUAUGACUCUGUGGAUAUGACUCUCCUUUCAAGCGCGGAUCCACACAGGUUUCCACCGUUUUACGGAAAUCGGUCAGAUUUUUCAUAAUUAAUAUAUUUUCAAUAAUGAUAAUAAAAACUUUCCAAGUUGAAAUCUAGAAAGUGGUUUAGACAGUCAGUAAAUGUCCUGUCUGAAUGGCUCAGAAACCCCGGAAAGGGGACUUUAAGGACUUGAAAUCCAAAACUUUUCCCUGGGGAGCAUGCUCCCGGACCCCCGCCCUAAAAGCUCGCGCGUUUUCGGUGCUCGUUUAGGAAACCAGCCAGUAUUUAAUGUAGAUUCGCGCCUACGCUUCAGGUUUGGGUUCUGCAACACGUUACAGGAAGUAAUUUGUUUUGUUUUGUGGUGUUUUUUUUAGCGCGCUCUGGAAGUGGGCAGUAUCAUCAAAAAAAUCGAAAGGUCUGGGGGGAGAAGAUCGAUCUUUCGGUCCCUGCAACUUUAGUUGAUGGAAAGACGCAAGUCAAGGAUACGGUGAGAUAUGAAUAUUCUAUUGAACUUCAAGUGAAACUUCUCAUUAAGUCGUCGUUUAGUCCAUCCACAAUCGCUAGAAGUGGAGUAGUCUCUCAUGAUUUUCCACAGGAAAGUAAAGCGAAAGAAUGCAACAGCGCGUGUGACAUCAUCAUUUAUUAGCCUUUGUGUUAGAACCACUUUUAAAGGAUACAGCAAGUUGUUAGGCGAGCAGACCUCAAGAAGCCACCAGUCUUAUAGGAGUUCGCCUCUCGCGAGCAAGGAGACACGUUUGUUUCGCUCUCUCUCCAUCUCUCAUAAAAAAAAAUGAGAGACUAUUCAUAGUCGUCUAACAAAUAGUUUAUUCCAAUGUUUUGGGAAUCCAUUUAUCUACCUGAUCUCCCUAUCCAUCCAUCCACCCAUUUACUCGCUUAUCCAUUCAUCUAUCCAUCCAUCCGUCCUUCCAACCACCUAUCUAGUACCCUGCGAAGUAGGCGCCAACUAUUUUUUGGUUAGUUUUUAUAGAGUGCGUGCGUCCUCGAAAUUUCUCCCUUCGCCCUCAUCCGUGCAUUUGUCCCUUCCGUUCUCUCUAGCCGGCUUCUCAUGGGACAAAUCCUAUGAUGUGCCAAUUUUUAACUAAUGCAACCGCUUUAGCAGAUCUUGCACUUGGCUUUGUUAGGUUCUUUACUAUUUUGCAAAUGAUAAAUAAAUAAAUAACGAUUUGGAGGUAGCACAUCCACAUAGUGGUUCUUCGUCUACCUGAUUUCUGGUCGAAUUGGAAUUUGGUUUUUGAGAAGAGGGGAAAACCGGAGUACCCGGAGAAAAACCUCUCGGAGCAAAGGAGAGAACCAACAUCAAACUCAACCCACAUAUGGCGUCGACGCUGGGAUUCAUGAUAUUUAACCUUUGAUGUAAACUUUGACUUUAGGGCAGCCUUGCAUCUACGUAACAUCUUUUUGACACGAACCUUGAAGCGUUCAUUUUCGCGUACUUUUUUCACAGAUCACCAGGGACGGAUGCGGUGUAACUAAAAGCUGCUAUUCUGAGCCUGAAGACUGUGAGGGCAGCGGCGACUGUAGCUACCUUGUAACCAUCAAACCCGUGAAGGGAGGAGAUGGUCAAGGUGAAGUCACCGAGGUGGAAUUUGAAAUUAGUUCCAAGAAGCAGUGGGCCUCUAUUGGUUUUAACACAGAAAAAAAGAUGGUAAGAACGAUCCUUCGUUUAGAGAUAUUAUUUUGGCGUUACUCAUACUACUGCGUGUGGUGGUAAAGCAAAGGUUUACCAAAGGGGAAGGUUGCAAAGAACCGUGCGAGACUUGCGCGCCUACCACGCGCGAGAAGCAACACUUUCUGCUCUUCGCCCCUUGCAGGCAGUGGGUCACCAGAGCUAGAGCCCUGAGCCCAUUUGUUCGGAAGGUGAAUAUCGCGCGUUUUCAUUUCAAGGUCAUACGAAAAUCGCUCUAACCCGUUUCCGAGUUCCAAACACUCUCACUUUCCAAACGAGGCUGAAAACCUUUCUUGUAAAAAUAAGUUUAUUUGCAUGAGAAUGAAAAAUCAUUUUCAUAUCGCACUUAGCCUCGCUUUGAAACAGAGGCAUGCGGCAACUUGCAAUUGGCCUACUCAGGUCAAUUCUGAUUAACACAAAUUACAUUUCAGGCUGGAACAGAUGCAUUGAUCUGUGAGAACAUCAAUGGGCAAGUUUCUGUGGAACACUACUUGGCUGAUAAUGGUUAUGGAACGCCCAGCAAGUCCAAUCCUGUGAGUUUAUCAUACUGAGGCACUUUAAGCCAUCGUUUUAAAGUCCACAAAUAGUUUGCAGCUGGAGGAUUUUUAUGGUACUAUUUUAGCUUACUAAUAUUGUUUUCUGUUUGCUUGUUUAAUUCUUUUCCAGAAACCUUCCUCUUUAGUUCAAAUAUCACAAAAAUCAGAGGGUGGAAUAAUAAGCUGUCAGUGAGUUAAUUACUUUACUUUUAUUUAUGUUUCAGAGUUUCGACAGUUAUGACUUCUUAAAAUGCUGAAUCUCCGGUACAAUUUUCUUGCAAUCGCGAUAUACCAUUCAGCGUUUUUUUUUUUUGAGGGGGUGGGGGGUGUGUGUCUGUUUGUCUGUUUCUUGUGAAAACAAGUUUAAAAUCUUUAUUUGUAAAUUUUUUUCUCUUUAUUGUUUAUUGUAGAUUUAAAAGAAACAUGAAGGAUCCUGUCAUGAUUGACCUGACGGAGCCAUUGUACCUGGUGUAUGCCAGCGGACCCACAAGUACGUCACACAAUAAUAUUUCAUAA